UUUUUAGCAUUUUUAUUUCAGCCUGAUAGUUUAUCCGUAUCAUCGGUCGAUAUGAGUUCAGAUGACAACGAAGAAAUCAACAAUCACGAGCUCGAUUCAAAAGCAACUUUCGUUGUUGACUGCGAGCUCGCUGAUGCUACUUCUCUGAUUUCUACUGACGAAACAUGUGAACAAUGGGUUGAUGACAUUUUGUUUGGUGAAUUGGAAGUCGUUGGUAGAGAGAUGAUGUCACGAGCGACAUACAUUAUUGAACAUGAUUCAAACGACCUGGAGUCAAUUAUUGAGGAAAAAUCAGAAACUCCCAUCCAAGACAUGAUAAACGAAAUUCUUGAAAACACGAAAAGUUUGAUGAAAGAUGAAAAAAGAGAGGAAAGCAAUCUUAAAACAACGAAGUCAUGUUCACAGGAAGAUCCUGAAGACAUCGAUCAAUUUAUACAGGAUUUUCUUUCCGAACCAGCAUCAUUAUAAGCAAAAGGACAUCAAUGUGAGCAUCCUGUCUUCAAUUCAUUCGGCAACAAGGAACAGGAUAAUUUGGCAGCAAUUUUACAAAAAUGUUUAAUGCAAAUUUAUCGGAAAUGGAUAAUAUGCAGGAUAAAGACAACGAGACAACUUAAGGCUUAUUGGUUUUGCUAUUCGCGUUUCAGUAGAUUUGAUAUUAUUUGGCAACAAUGAAUAGGAUGAUUUGGAAGCAAUUUUACAAAAAUGUUUGAUGCAAAUUGAUCGGAAAUGGAUAAUAUGCAGGAUGAAGACAACGAGACAACUUUAGGCCCAAUGGUUUUGCUAUUCGUAUUUCUGUAGUGUUGAUAUUAUUUAUCUCAUAGUCUAACGUAAUUUGAUAUUAUAUACGUAAUACUAUUUUUUUUUAUUCGAGAUGGCUCAAAGCAAGGUCGUGGGUCAUCGUUUACAAGGAAUUGAUGUGACUGAUACCACUGACUUGCUGAGAGCAACGAUUUCAUUCAUUGUUGUGACAGAGAUGUUUCUGAAUGACGAUUGAUGUGGGACUCAAAGCAAUUCACUUCAAUACUGUCAGAGUAACGAGUAUUUAGAAAUAAUUUCACAAAUUUUCAUAAAAGAAUUCAUAACAGAAAGCUAACAUCCGGAAUCUUUAUUGCUAAUUCAUUUGAACUUUUUUAAAUUUGGCAUUUCGACAAGAAUUUUGUGGAGUGGCUUUUGAAACAUUUUGCUUUCUGUUGUAUUUACUGUGAUAUGAAACGCGAUUUAAAAAAUUCAAGAACUGUUAAACCUUGAACUUUCAAAGAUACUUAUAUAUUUUUCUCAGGCGAGGUGACAAAUCGCCACUGUAUUUAAGAUCACCAAAGUAACCGAUGUGGUAACAUCACCUACAUUCAAUUCGGCUUUCCUGUAAAACCAAUCCACAAUAUUUGUUUUGUGGCGCUUUUAUUGCACUUCCACUCCAAACAAGACUCCCCGCAAGCAGGUUCGGCUUUGGUUACCCAAUUUAUCAUAUCUUAGGCGAGGUGGCGCUAGGACUCGACGUGUUUAAACAUAUUAUUCAAACUUGGUUAUCAAUAUGUCAUUACACGUUUAAUGGCAAUGACAGUUCAGUGUAUAAACGUGUAUUGUUAUUGUUUGUACUCGUGGUAUCUUUUCAUAUAGUGUAAGUGUGUGUGUAUUGGUUUGGCACGUGUAAACCCGAGUCAGACUUUAGGAAUAUUUUUGGAAACGACGAUUAUAUUAAAAUGACGUAUGUUUUUGAAUAUAGCGACUCGACUCGAACUUUAAUUUGAAAUAGCAUGGUCAUCUGAGUCCCGAAAUGUACAUUGGGUACUGUCCGACUUCGAUUAGACCGAAGUUACACGUUGUCAAAAAUACACCGUCUUUCUUCAGCGAAAAUGGAGUUAGACGAGACUUAUCUCUGAUGAUUUGCAAGACUCGACUUCUACUUGAGUUGAUCUAACCCUGUCAUGUGUUUUAUGUUUCUUUUGAGACUUUUCACUGUAAUGAUUUCAAGUGUUUCAUUUUAUUCACAUUUUUUCAUUAAUCUUGUUUCAGUCAAUAAAAAACAAUUGGAAUUGUUCAUCAAGGGGUACGGGGUAUGCGCAAUAUCAGUGAUAUUACAUACGGUGCCCUGGGAUUCCAUAUUGGAACAUUUCUGGGUCGUGAGUGUACCUAUUUCUCAUAACCACCACCCUUCCUACGGUACGGAUUACACAAAAUAAUAUUAUAAGACCAAAUGCCAUAAUUUUAAUCUUCAUUUUUAAAAGUUCAACCCGCUAAAUAAUAUUCCCCAACUACUUAUGCGCAAAAUCCCGUUCUUCAAAAUUGAA